AUGCUUAAAAUCACUAUGCUCGCACCUAACCCAGGGACUGCCCCAGAGUACUGGAUUGAUGAUUCGAAGAAGGAGACGCUAGCAGACUUCUAUGAGCUGGAGUCCGAACUGGGACGGGGAGCAACAUCAGUGGUGUACCGAUGCAGACAGAAGGGCACCCAGAAGCCCUAUGCCGUGAAAAUGCUGAAGAAAACAGUGGAUAAGAAGAUUGUGCGGACAGAGAUAGGAGUCUUGCUUCGUCUCUCUCAUCCAAAUAUUAUCAAGCUGAAAGAGAUCUUUGAGACUCCAGCCGAGAUCAGUUUGGUUCUUGAGCUCGUCACUGGAGGGGAGCUAUUCGACAGAGUGGUUGAAAAGGGCUACUACAGUGAACGGGAUGCUGCGGACGCCAUCAAGCAAGUGCUGGAGGCUGUUGCAUAUCUCCAUGAGAAUGGUGUGGUACACCGGGAUCUGAAACCAGAGAACCUCCUGUACGCCACCUCAGCGCCAGAUGCCCCUCUUAAAAUAGCUGAUUUUGGACUGUCGAAAAUUGUAGACGAUCAGGUCACAAUGAAGACGGUGUGUGGGACACCAGGUUAUUGUGCCCCUGAGAUCUUACGGGGCUGUGCGUACGGGCCUGAAGUUGACAUGUGGUCUGUGGGAGUUAUCACGUACAUCUUAUUGUGUGGCUUUGAGCCCUUCUUUGAUGACAGGGGAGACCAAUACAUGUUUAAGAGGAUCCUGAAUUGUGAAUAUGAGUUUGUCUCCCCCUGGUGGGACAACGUAUCUCUCAACGCCAAAGACCUCGUGAAGAAGUUGAUUGUCCUGGAUCCAAAGAAACGGCUGACUACUCUGCAGGCUUUGCAUCACCCCUGGGUGACUGGGAAGGCCGUUAACUUUACACACAUGGACACCGCUCAGAAGAAGCUUCAAGAGUUUAAUGCACGAAGGAAACUUAAGGCAGCUGUCAAAGCUGUGGUGGCCUCAUCUCGACUGGGCAGUGCUGGCAACCAUGGCAACGCUGAUGGCAACAAAACUAACUGCAACCACUCCUCCAACAAAGGAGGGCCAGCGGCUGAGCAGAUGCAGAGCGAACAGCCACAGACUGAAAAAGAUGGCUCUUAG